AUGUGGAACGAUGUGGUUGCCAAAAAUUUGGAUGCAGAACUUUCGGAUGUGAUAUUUGGCGACAGUCCCUUGAUUCACAUAAGCGGUGGAUCGAUUCCGGAGAUUUUCGUACCGUAUGAAGCUCAAAUGUUGACCCUGGCAAGAAGUAACACCUCUAAACUUACGAUUCGAGAGGAAGGAGAAUUUCACUUGUUGAGUCUACUGAUUGCAGAGAAUCCACUGGAAAACUUAAGUCUCCAAAAGUUGUCGAAACUGGAAAUGUUAUCCCUGAAAGAAACUAACUUAAUGUGGUUAGAUUUCGCGCUUUGGGACAAAAUGAAGAACCUGAAUACUUUGGAGAUCUUUAAAACACUUGGUAAACUCAUCAUUAAAACAUCAUCUCAGUUCAGUCUUCCAAAUUUGAAUAGACUACAGAUAACAUUCUGCUUCCUUGAUGAGUUAAGUUUUUCCGGUUGGGACGUUCCGUCAUUGGCUUUGAUCGACCUCAGCAACAAUAAUCUGACUCAACUUCCCCAAGAUCUCAAUUCCCUAACCAGUCUUCAAGAAGUUAUUUUAGAAUCUAACUUCAUCGAAAAGCUGAACAUAAGCGACUUCGACGGAAUGAAAAAUCUCUACAAAAUUGUACUCUUUAACAACCUUAUCACUGAAAUUACAGUUCUCAAUUCAAUAACACUCCCGGAAUUGCUAAAACUUGAUCUACAGUACAACCGCCUAGAAGACGUCAGCAUCUUACAAAAAAUCAACCUUCCCGAGCUUCAGGAGCUUCUUUUAACGGGAAAUCUACUGCAUCAAGUUCCCCCCUUCUCGGAUUGGCCCCAGCUGGCAGCCAUCGACCUACUCGAAAAUCCACUGGAUGAAAGUUGGAUUCGGCAGGAAAUGGUGAAUCCCGAGACGAAAAUUGCUCACCUUCGAGAGAUCCGGUCCCGCUAUUGGAAGCCAGUGCACAUUUCCGUUGUUAUAUCGAAGAAACGAAGUGAUGGUGAAGGAGAAAUCGACCAAGAGACGAGUGAAAGAAAAUUUGAGCACUAA